UUUGUGUGGGAUGUUUGAAGACGGCAAGGAUGAAGGCAUGAACAGGUGGCUGCAAUUAAUAACGCGAUAUUUUGUUUAUCGUAUUACGAAACGUGAGAUAACAUGGACGGAUAUAGGCAUAUUAGCUGUGUGGAAAAGGUUAAUAAUCUAAGGACAUUUAUAAAAGACGAUCUACUUAACUGUGGUGUCAAACUUCCGAAAAAUAAGAAAGCCAAGAAACUCAACAAUUCAAGAGGACCAUCACAGGAUGGAAUUCUUGUUCCUAGUGGUAUAUUUGGUAAUUAUCUUGCUCACGUCCCUUGCGAAUAUGUCACAGACUGUGGAUAUGUUCCCAAAUUUUUGGUUGACUCAGCAGAGCAUAUUAAGAUCCAUUUCAAAACUGAAGGUAUAUUUCGGAAAUCUGGAUCAGUCAGCAGGCAAAAGGAACUCAAGCAACAAAUUGAAGAAGGUGUUAAUAUGGAUGUAUCCAGCAUCUACGACCUGACCACCCUCAUCAAACAGUUCUUUCGUGAGCUGCCCGAGCCCCUGUUCACAAGCCUGUACCACGACACUUUCAUCAAAUGCUACCAGCUUGAUAACACCAAGUCAGUGACAGAAGCAAUCCAUGCUCUGUGCCUUCUCCUCCCAGCGGAGCAUCUCAGCACCCUGCGCUUCAUCAUGCAGCUUCUCAACUUCAUAGCUUCCCACUCAGAUGAUAACAAGAUGGACGCUGCCAAUCUAGCAGUUGUUCUCGCCCCUAACAUCAUGCAUGUCAACAGCAAAAGUGAAAAGAUGAACUCGACUGAGGAAAAACUGCUGCAGAUCCAGACAGCUAUUGUGGAACUACUUAUAAAGGAUGCUGAGAAAGUGGGCAUGGUUUCGUCAAGUCUGUAUCAGCGAACUACCCUCAUGACUGAGUGUUUUGGGGUGCAGACAGAUGAUGAGUUGGAUGCUAGUGAUGACAAUACGUUAGAGGAUUCCAAGGAUAUGAAGAAAAAGAAGAAGAGAAAGAGGAGCGGGUCACUGCAAGGCAUUGUCAGCUCUAUAGCAAAUGGCCUGGCGAAGUUACGGAGAAGUACAGAUGGCAAGAAUGGAAACUCAAGUCAGAAUAUGACCACUGCCUCAAAUGAAAGUGCCCAGUCUCUCUCCGGAUCCCUUGAACAUACCCACUACCCAACAACCACACCUGUCGUCAUACGAAAACGCAAAGCCUCUGGCGAGGUCAUUCCCUUUUCAGCAUCUAAAAAAAAGGCCAUUCUGCAACACCUCCCCCAGGGGUCAGCACUGGGACACACACCCUUCACCCCCGCCUCAGCCAUCAGGAAGAUGGAUAUAAAUGAUCCUAGGAGAGGUGGAGUUUUGGAUACUCCUAGUCUGAGCUUUGGGGACAAGCAACAUAUGCCAUUUACAGCCACUCCCUCUCACAACAUCAAGACUCCGCGCAAGAAGCUCAACCUGUUCAGUCCAAGCAGCAGCAAGAAGAAGAUGGCAAGGAGCCCAUCAUUCUCCAAUAUUUCUACUGGAUCUACCAAGAAGAGCGGACGGGGAAAGAACAUCUUCAGAAGACUUAGUGGCAGCAAGGCUGAUAAGUCAUCUGCAUCCGACUCCUCCUUGCAUAUCGGUGAGCGUCUGGCCAGUCCCACCAAAAAAGAUGAAGCCAUGGACGCAACAUCUAUGAGGAGAAGUCAGUCCGAAUCCGACUCUCCCAUCUCGGCACUUGCUCAGAGUACUACCUACAUGCCUGAUGCCUCUGUUGUCUCGCAUAUGGACAUCAAACAGACACUAAAUGAAGGAUUCAUUAAUGAAUCUCAUCUGGAUCUGGAUCACACCGAUGCUGGGUCUGGAUUGCAGCGAUCUCACAGCCUGUAUAGGCCUGUCCAUGCAUCAGCGUCUGAUCCAGUGGUAGCGGGGAGGAACACAGAGGGCAACUCACAUAAGAGGUCGCUCUCUGCUGAAGGGAUGAAUCUCAGACGAGGACAGCCAAACACCAUCCAUAACGGCUUAUUAAAGGGUCAGCAAAAUCAGUUGAAGAAGUUGAGAAAAAGUUUUGACAAGUCUGACAUCAGUGGUCCCAUACCCAUAAUUGUACCAGCAAUUGGUGAUGGGACAGAGUCCAAGCAGAGGAUGGAAGGGGAGAAGAUACAGAAGGUUCCUCCUUUACCUCCUCUCUCUGCCCCGAACCAGAACAGUAGCCUGAUGAAUGUAGUCCUUCCCCCUCCUGAUGGCUUUAAUGACACAAUACAGCAGACGGGGUAUGACUCGGAUGAGUCUGAGGCAGGUUUCUCGACAAUAUCAGGUGAUACUGUCAUCUACAUUCCCAAACAGUCCUCAUCCUCAACAAGCCUGCAGUCCAAUAAGUCCCAGGGCAGCCACAGAGGACAGGGGCGAAUGUCUGCUCAGACAUCCAGAGAAAGCAUUAAGAAGAGUCUUCAGACCAGUAACAGCUCAGAUAGUCUGUUGAGCUCAGGAUCUGAGAUGUCUGUUGAGAGCAACACCUCCAAGUUAGAAAGAUGUCUGUCCACUGACAGUGGGAAAGGAUCUUUGUUUGAUGAAACAUUAAUACAGCCUCCAGCCCAUGAGCCAAAGGACUCUCUUGACGUUGCCUUUGUUGCUGAUGAGAGUAUGCUUCUGGACACAACCAUUAUGAGGAAGUCAGAAUACAUGGAUUCGGAUACAGCGAAACCAUCUGAUCAGGCCCACCCACACCAACCAGUAGUAAAGAAGUCCCAUUCUGCACAACAGCUAGCUCUUCCACCCCGAACUGGAGUUGUACGUUCACAGAGCAUGUAUUCUCACCAAGAGGCACGCAAACACAACAUUAAACCGAACUUGCUAAUCUCAGCUGAAACUCACAAAAUCUUGUCACGAGCUGGUUACUUUCCUGACAAAGCACCACAGCCAAGUGGCAAAGAUUUCCGUCUCCCUGUCAAGUCACCACCGAGGUCUCAUUCGUUUAAUGUGUCUAGAAGAAAUACUACUCUGGCUGAUCAGUCCAUGUUGGAUGAAAGCCAGGUGUGUAGCAAAAGCGUUCACGAACUACAAGACAUUUCACAAAGGUCAUAUUGUGAAACACCAAAGAGACACAAUGUCAGUGAAACGUCGCGCAGACCACAGUCCUGUGAAAUAUCUGGUAUUUCAAACAAUGGAAGAAUACAACCAGGCACGCAAAAAAUGGAACUUGUGCCAGAAGGACACACAUUGCUGCCUCAGAUAAAACGAGCCGAGAUGCCACUACCAAAGCAUGAAAGUGUUACACAAAUGCAUGCGUCAAAUGCUGGAAAGGUUGCAGAGAAUGUGAAGCAGUUUACUGAUGUUGUGGAGAAACAGUUAUUGUCUGGUCCCAUGUGUGCUCCAAAGCAAAGAGGCAUGUCCCCGGUCAGGAUACCAACAAUAUUUGCAAAGAACAAUGACAUGUCUGCACGGUAUCGAGACAUGGCCCAGGCAGCCAUAGAGAGGGGCAGACUGGCUUCAGAUGAUAGGCUGUCAAAUAAAAGUGAUGUGACAAGCCAAUCAUGUGUGAUGAAUGGCAGUCUUUCUUCCAUCUCGACGCUCACCGACUCCGAAACUGACAUAUUCAAACAUCCAGCUUCUGUAAGCACAGGGAAGACCUUGACAGUGAAAUCCGAGGUUUCCAUGUCAGUUACCUCCCCUGAUGACAGUGUCAACAUCACAACAGAUAUCGGGAGUAGAGUUUCAUUUGAAGGUCAGCAAGUUGACCUCAGCUGUUCUUUGCUGGACACCAUCAAUGACAUCUGCACUCCAAAGAUACAGCGGAAGACCAGCAGUAGAUCACCCCUGAAAGACUGUGGUAACAAUAUGAGUGGUCAGAGCCCUACAAAACCUAUGGAGAUCACGGACCAUGUUGUCCUGAGGACUGCGAGUGGGAUGACACCACGUCAGGUACUGCGUUUUUCUCAGCCUUCACGCAGCACCUCAAAGACUGUGCCCAACAAGCCUGUGAAGAGACUGAGUUCUCCAGGACAAACACUAAGGAACUCGAGAUCUCCAAACAAACAGUCUUCAACAUCGCUUCCUGAUAACUCAGCUCAAGCUAUGUAAUAAUGGUGCAGAUAUUGUUUUGGGGGAAUAGUGAACAGAUCUCAAAAUGGUUAAUUGUUCCUUGAACUCAGGGUAUCAAUAAAAGUCAACUUUGGAUACAAUGAAGUCAUGUAAAGUCCUCGAACAGUCAGCUAUAACAAACCAAUGUCUCAUAUACUUUGAGUGGAAACAAGUGUGGUUGUGCCAAUAAUUUCGGAAGUACUCAAUUCUGAUUGGUCAUUCUUAGGUUUCAAAUCACAGAAAACACCUCUGAUUGAAAUAGAUGAUAAACUGCUUUUGAUGGUCAUGAGGUCUUUAGUGUCUGGAGUUUACUGAAUCAGGGGAAUUUGUUAUUUUAACAUUAACAAUCUUAAAUGUGAUUUCUGAACAAGUUAUUGAUGGGCAUUAUUUUUGUCUGCUCCCUAUUCCUCCACAACAUGCUUCCUGCUUCCUUCCCUUGUGGGUCUCCUGUAUCAAUGAUUAGUGCUUACACUGCCAUACCCACAUAUGGCAGCUUCUUGUUCUAUUGUGUUUGUUGUGUCCAUAGUUUUAAUCCAUGUGCAAUGUGCAAAUCUUGUUAAACCUCACUGGUGGGAUCAAGUGAUCAAGGAAUACAAUUUUAUAAAUCUAUAAAUGUUUUCUUUGACAACCAGUUUUAUCCUCUGAACAUGUAAAUAUGCUUUUGGAAGAUGCUUAAGGAUUCUUGUUAUCUGUACAGAGGAGUAUAAAGUUGAUCUAAUAUUUAUUGAUUUAUAUGUUACGAUGUUCAUGAUAAUCAGAAGUCAAGAGACAGCUUAUCUUUCAUAUGAAAUGAAAAAUGAUAUAGAUGAAUAUUUGGUUGAAAGAAAAUAAAAGAAUGAAAUGUGUGCUGUAUAGGAUUGAAGUUAUCAGUGGUUCUCUGCAGUAUUACAUUGAAGAAACAUCACUGGAACUACGGGGGGAUACAGUAGCUAUGGCUUUGUUCGAAAUAAAGCAAGUCACGGGUUUCUGGUGAUGACCCUAUUGUCAAGGAUUAAGGAGUCCCCAGAUUCGUAUGAUACCCGGGGCCCCUUGACUUUGAACAUUGCAUAGUAACUGUUGAACAACUAACAUUGAUCACUGAACAUGGCUUGUUUGUUUGGAUAGGACUUAUAAACAAUAGUUGUAUGAAAAAAAUUGGGUGUUCUUUAACUUCUUUUGAGUAGUAUAUUUCAUGUUUGGGUUUUUGUAAACUGUCAUUUUAAACAGUAUUUGUUUACAUCCUAUAAUCUAAAGGUUCAUUUUUCUUCAUUGAUAAAUCAAAGCAUGCUGUAUUAUUAUUCAAGGUUUGAGGUCAUCGUUAUUUCUUUGGUUUUUCUCAACAGCGAUAUCAAAUAUCUUCUUUAUUCAUGUUAUAGAACUUGGCUGUCUUUGCAACCUUUAUACAAAGUUAACAAAAAGGUCUCAUAGCAAAUCAAGUCAUGAAUGCAGUUUACCUUUAAGGCCUCAGUAUGUAUUACUGAAUUUUGCCAACGAAUUGCUCAAACGGUUUUUAUUGUAAGUAAUUGUAUUAUAUAGGCGUUUUUUAAAUCUGUUUUACCAUUUUACCAUUUUUGACAAAUUGAUUUCAUUUCUCAAUUGUGUAAAAUGAAGUGUAUGAUGCACCUAUUGCCUACAUUUCCGACUGAUUUGCUCAUAGUUCUUGAUUACUGUUUUCACAGACAUGAAUACAUCUGUUGACCAAUCAAAAACUGUUGUGAUUUGCUUCAUAUCAAUAGUAAAACCAAAUAUGUAUUAAAACAUUUGUGUGCAAAUACCAGUCAUGCACAUAUACCAGUGUACAGAUUAUACAAAAUAGAAACAUAUAUGUAUAUCUUGAAACUGUAGAGCAAAGCAUACAUAUAUCAUCAUAUACUGUUAUAGUACGUAUACAGGCUGAGUAUUAUGCAAAGUGUAUGUUGGGGGCUAUCCGCAUAACUAUCUGAUGACAUAAUCAUUCCUUUCGGGGUUGUCUGUUGUCAACCAAAGACAGUUAGCAGCAAGUAUGUAUUAUUUCCAAGAAUGCUGAAUGUCCGCACUGAAUUAUAUUCUUUUGACACAAAAGCAAUGUUUUGCCAUCAUAUGUUUUCUGGCAGUAACUUAUGGAAAUAAUGCCUUAUGUAGUAUAUAAUGUAUAGUUUACAUCUUGUUCGUACACUGGAUGCUGCCGGAGGUAUGCCUGUUGCUGCAACAUACACUUGUUAGAACGAUGCUCUUGUACCAUGUUUAGUCGAGAUUUUGUCCUCCUGGUGUUGUGAUAUUACAAUUAUUUUGUUGAACAUUUAUUAUAUCCAUGUAUCUAAGUUAGAGGUAGAUAAACUUUAUUAGUCAUGUUUAUUAUUUAUGUUGGUGGCCUAUAUUAUUUGGAUCAAAUCCAUGUAUGAUAUCAACUAGAGAUAGAACAAAAAGAAAAAUUGUCAUGAUAUUCAUGUAACUACUAUGAAACAUAAUCUGAUGUUUUAUAUACAGACCCUUGUUUCACAACACAAGAAUGAACUAUUUUUGUAUUUUAUUAACACCAGAUUAUGUUUUAUAGAUUAGCUUAGGUCAAAACAUGUCAAACCCUAUUUUUUUGGUUGAUUAAUUAUCUCUGAGUUCAAUUUUUUUUUUUCAAAGAAACAACAAAAAGCCCUUCUUAUUAACAAACAUUUGAAACUUGAUAUCCUGAAUUUAUCAAAUUCCUCUUUAUUUGUAAUCAACCUGACAAACUUGUUUUCCAUGUGGACUCUAUCAUUGCUUAUUGGUCUAGAAAAACUCAACUUGUCCUGGCCUCAUUGAGAUUAAAAUGCAAGUUCCAUUUACUGUUGUUACCUGCAAUACUUAGGGGAUACAGCAGCCAAGUCCUACUUGCAUCUGUACUUCAGCAUACAGUUUAAGUCCAACCCACCGGUUUGAUUCUUGUUUCAGUUUAGCAUAAUGUCACAUGGACAAGACAGUGGCACUUUCAUCUUUGGGUCUUUUCCUACCCUGUCCAUCCUCUAGCCAUCCGUAUCUCAACAUCUCAGUUUGGACUGCAAUCUUUGUAUGAAUAUAUGCAAUAAAAUAUCAUAUUUGAAA